GACGUGUCAAGAUAUAAACAUGCUCUAUCUCAAUUAGCUGCCUACCAUAAAACUAAAUAAUAAUCAAGUUAUUUCCUUUCCGGCUUAUUCGGAACCCAAACCACCUCCUUGUCAAAACGGCCUCCUGAAACCUUCUUCUCUCAACUCACAGAAACUUGCAUUCAGUCUUCUCUUCUCCGAGACAAAUCUUUGUAUGGCCACAACCCUUCUGGCUUUAUUUCAAAACCCUAAUUUUUCUCCGUUCGCUUCAAAAACUAACUUCAAUUAUUUUACCUUUCCACAAUGGCCACGGAAGCUACCACUGCCAAAUUUAAAAACCCAGAUUUCCGACCCGACUUCAGACCUGAAAUCUCUGUAACAUCCCACGAUGGCCUCCACUACUGGCAAUUCAUGAUCGCCGGUUCAAUUGCUGGUUCGGUCGAACAUUUGGCCAUGUUCCCGGUCGACACUAUCAAGACACAUAUGCAAGCCCUAAGGUCUUGUCCCAUCAAAUCGGUUAGCGUUCGGCAAGCCCUUAAAUCAAUACUAAAAACCGAGGGACCAUCGGGGCUCUACCGUGGCAUCGCCGCCAUGGGCCUUGGCGCCGGCCCGGCUCACGCCGUUUAUUUCACGGUCUACGAAGUUGCUAAAAAGUAUUUUUCAGCUGGGAACCCUAAUAACUCAGCAGCCCAUGCGAUUUCUGGAGUAUUCGCAACUGUGGCAAGCGACGCCGUUUUUACGCCUAUGGAUAUGGUGAAACAGAGACUACAGUUGGGUAAUAGUAAUUAUAAAGGCGUCUGGGAUUGUGUUAAGAGAGUGCUGAGGGAGGAAGGUCUUGGCGCGUUUUACGCGUCGUACAGGACUACGGUGUUGAUGAACGCGCCGUAUACUGCGGUACAUUUCUCGAUUUAUGAAGCCGCGAAGAAGGGUUUAAUGGAGAUUUCACCGGAGAGUGCGAGUGACGAGCGUUUGGUUGUUCAUGCUACUGCUGGAGCUGCGGCUGGAGCGCUGGCGGCUGCUGUUACCACGCCGCUUGAUGUUGUUAAAACUCAAUUGCAGUGUCAGGGUGUUUGCGGAUGCGACAGAUUUCAGAACAGUUCAAUCAGUGAUGUGAUUAAAACAAUAUUGAGAAAGGACGGAUACAGAGGGUUGAUGAGAGGAUGGAUUCCGAGAAUGCUUUUCCAUGCUCCUGCUGCUGCAAUCUGCUGGUCUACAUAUGAAUCCUGUAAAAACUUUUUCCAAGACCUUAAUGAUUGUAGUAGCAGCAGCAUUAUCACCUAAAUUUCGUUGAACAGUAACCAUAAUUAUAAUGUUUAAGUUGCAAUAAAUAUCCAUGUAUAAGCAAGAAUGAGAGCUUCACACAAGGAAUGAACAAGCCAAGACUACAAUGCAUCUUCCAGAUUUCAACAUGGUUAUUUAAUUUGCGGCAGGAACCUGAAUUUAGUCCUCAGAGCAUAAUUUCUUACAGCUGAACACUUUGUUGUUACCUUUGCCUAAGAAAUGUCUGAGUUUUUCUCUGCUAGAUAGCUAUUAAUUUUUCUCUUCUUUCCAUUAAGUCAUUCCGUGCAAUGAUUUUGAAAUUUUGGUUAGUAGAUGGUGUAGGUUUAAUUGCAAAGGAAACUUUUGAUUUGUUCUGGAUAUUGAUAUUUAAAGAGAAAGGAAAUUUGGGUAUGGCACCAAUA